AUGGGACUGGCGGUGCACAUUGGAGAAGCAGCGGUGAUGGUGGAUGCAGAAGCAGCCGCGGCGGUGGAGACAGGUGACGGUGACGGUGGUUGUGGAGUGAGUGCUCGUCGCAAGACACCGGAGGCAGAGAUGAAAGCAACAUGGAACUGGAGGGAGACGCUGGAGCUGGCAGACGAACACACUCACACACAGGCAGGUAAGCACACGAGGAGAUCCGAAGACGAUGGAGACGAAGGAGACAAUGGAGACAGUCUGGCUACAAUGAGUCAACUGAUAGAACUUCCUCUUCGAGUGGAGGAGUGGACGAGAGAGCAAGUUUACUACUGGCUGACUGAGGUGAUACAAGUGAAUAAAAUACAUGCAGAUAAGCUGUACGAGGAAGAAGUAUCAGGGGAAGAACUAGUCUGUUACGAGCUCAAACAUCUGCUGGAUCUUGGUAUUAAGCAUGGUCCAGCUGUUAAGAUUAUCACCCGGUUAGAGAAGGUAAAAAUGAAAGAACAAGGAUCAUAUUCUUCUGACCAUUCCCACACACAACACACAGAAGCAAGACCAGACACUACUGUGGAAAACAAAGACAGCAUUUCAACAGAUGAAACACAAAUAUCCCAAAAUGCUAAAAAAUCAAAGAGAAAAUUACACAAAAAAGAAAAAACUGAAGUUAGAAGGACUAAUUCUAUGGGGAAAGAUUCAAUGGAUAACAUCUCUCAAAGAAGCACUCCAAUAGAAUACUCACAGCCAAGUGAACCUGUAAGGGUGUCCUCUUCAGAAAACAAAACUACUCUACUUUCAGGAACUUCAAGUUGUACAUCUUCCAAAGAAACUGAACCAACAGAGUCAGCUGACCCUAAAACAUUAUACAUGAAUGCUGAUGAAGUAGCUGAAAAGGAAAAGCAGAUGAGGAAGUCUGGAUCCUUACAGCACUCAUGCACUCUCUAUCCAUUUGAUCAGAACUCUGCUUCUCACCGAUACAUUCAAAACUACACUUUACCACCAGAGACUGGACCAGGCAAUCUGAUUGAUCCAGUUCAUGAGUACAAGUUUAUGGGCAGAACAGAUGAUAUGAGUGUGAUGAAGAAGAAGUUCAAUAAGGAGGUGUUCCGGUUUGCUGCUGGGUGUAUGAACAGCCGCACAAAUGGAACCAUCCACUUUGGUGUAGCAGACUCCAAAGAUUCUCAAUACGCUCAUGCUGAAAUCACUGGGGUUACUGUUGACAAGAAGGACACUAUCAUUGAUCAUUUUAAUCAAGGUUUUAAAUCAUACUUUGAAGAACACACAGAUGAAGCAAAGGCAUGCAUCAGGCAGCCACGCUUUGUAGAAGUGCUCUGCUCUGACGGCACUCUAUCUGGCAAAUAUGUCAUAGAGGUGGAUGUUGUUCCAUCCCACAGCAUAGUUCAAGGUAAGCUUUUUGAUAUCCAGACUCUGGAUGAGGAUAGUCAAUGGAAAAAGAGCAAAGGAAAAUCACUCUUCAUCAGAGAUGGGGCUGCAACAAGAGAUAUCUAUAAAAUUGGUAACCCAAAAGACAUACAAGGUGAACUGACCCGAAUAAAUGACCAAAAAAGUGUUCUGGACGACAGGAGGAAGGAGGCAGAAAAGAAGCCUGAAAGCAAAAAAACAUCAAACCAGGGGGAAAAGCUGAAGAAUCUGCUGACAUGUGGAGGAAGCAGACUGGAUCAUUAUGAUUACUUCAUCAUUGUAACAAACAAAAGCCAUCCUGAACAACUCCAGCAUCUUGAGUUCAUGACAACAUUGAAACUGUUCUGUGUGUUGGAUUUUGAUGCAAACUCUGUAGUGCAUGGGUCGUGCCACAACUACAGAGAUGUUCGAAUUGCAAAUCUUCACAAGCCAAGCCAGUUCCAUGGGGACCCAGGAACAAUUGUGAAAAAUCUCAACUUGUACAAACAAACAAGUUGGGUAUUUUGUAAUGGCAGAGAAGACCUGAACACAGAACCUGACAGACCACUCAGAUCAAGUGAAUGGUUAAAACAUAAAGCAGGAGAAGUACAGGACAUGAUCUCAUUCCUCUGCAACCCAGACACUCUUCCAAGAGGACGAUUCUUAGUCAUAUUCCUCCUACUCUCCACUGUUGAGGGCAUGAAUGAUCCAAUUUUUGACACAUUUAUGUCAUUUUAUAAAAACCUUGUGGGUACAGAAAACACAUUAAGUGUCUGUACUUCGGAUGCUUCCUUUCAAAAAUGGAGGGAUUUCAUUCAAACCAGAUGUGAACAUGACAUCAGUCAGAGGAGUAUAUAUGACUUAGAGCUCAGUGAAAUCAAUGGGACAAUACUGAAACUGGGACAGAACAAGCAAAAUGCUCAGAGACUUCUUCCAUCUGGUGAAGGAAGUUCAGUGAUUCUCCAAAAUAAAGAUGAGGACCUGAUGACAUCCCUUGAUAUCCUGUGUGAAAAUGAAUGUGAAAAUGAAUAUGAUGAGAGCUCUGCAGAAUUUGAAGAAUUCAAAAAUAAAACUGAAUCUGAGUUCUAUAGAGGAGGCAAAGUGAAAUGGUGGAACUUUUAUUUCUCAGAGCAACCUGCAGCAAAGCCAUUCAUAAAGCGUGACAAACACUCAAAACUAGAGAACAGUAUCAGAUCUCAGACAAAAAAUACCAAAAGUGCUUGUGUCAUGGUAAAUCUUUUUCAUCAUCCAGGAUGUGGUGGCACCACCAUGGCCAUGCAUGUGAUGUGGAAUCUGCGAAAAGAAUUCAGAUGUGCAGUGUUGAAAGACAACAUUGUUUCAAAGGAAGAAGUAGCCCAACAUAUUGCUCAUCUGAUAAAGUGUGGAAAAAGUGAGCAUUCAUUAAAAACACCAGUCCUGCUAUUAGUGGAAGACUCAGAGGAAACAGAAAACACACAAGUACUCAAGCACUCAUUGAGGGCAAUCUCAGGAGAAACGGGGGCAAGUGUAGUCAUCUUAAACUGCAUACGAACAAAAACUCCAAAAGACAGACACAACAAAAGUGUUGAUCGGAGUGAAUUCAUUACAGCAGAACUGUCUGACAAGGAAAAAUGUGCUUUUGAAAUGAAGCUUAAGGAACUCCAAGAAAUAAAGUCGUUCACAACUGAAAACUUCUACAGUUUUAUGAUCAUGAAAACUAAUUUCGACCCAGUGUAUGUUGAAAAUGUUGCAACUAACAUACUGAAAGAUUUCAGAGUUGACACCAAACAAGGACAGCUCUUCUGCAUAUUGGCUAUGCUGAAUUCAUAUGUGGCUGAACCAGCCGUCUCAAGAUCCUUAUGUGAAGAUUUUCUGGGCAUCAAAAAUGCAUUUUGGGGAAGAGAAUCCGUGUUGGAGAAAAUGGAGCCUUAUUCCUGUUUGCUGAUUGAAUUUGGGGCAGAAGAAUAUGGGGGAUUCAAAGCAAUUCGCUUUGUUCAUCAGCAUCUUGCAACAGCAUGUGUCAAACAACUAGAGGAGAACCAUAACUGCUCCAGAGCUGACAUAGUCCUUGACAUGUUGCAUUGCGAUGCCUUUUUCAAAACUUUUGCUGUCAAAAAUGUUCUUGUUCAAUCAAUGAAAAGCAUGCUGAUCACUCGUCAACGCAAGACAUGUGGUGAUGAGAAAGAUACUCUGUUUUCACCACUGAUAGAAGACAUAAACUCAGGAGAAGGUGGUCUUAAUAAAAUACAAGAGAUUUUUAUUGCAGCUUCAGAAAGGUUUGAUAAAGACUUCACAAUUCCCCAAGCUCUAGCAAGACACUUGUACCUGAAAGAGAAGAACUUUGCUGAAGCUAAAAAGUGGGCAGACAGUGCGAAAGCCAUCAAAGAAAAUUCCUACACCGUAGAUACAGUUGGACAAGUUGCAAAAAGUGAAUUAAAACACAAACUUGAGUGUAAAAAGCAAGAAAAGAAACCAUGCACAGCUGAGGACAUGAUGGAAUAUCUUGAGUUAGCAAGCACAGCAAUCAAAGCUUUCAGAAGAGCUCAAAGCCUGGCAAAGACAGAUGAUGCCCAAGAAAAUGAACAGGAACUUUACAGAAAGUUAAGCCCAUAUAAUAUAUCUGGCUACAUGGGUGAAAUUGACACAGCCAUGACUGUUUUUGACAUCAUCAGAAAACUGCCAUUGUUUCAGAAUGGUGAUCCAAUGAAAGAUCAUUACAUUCAGAGCUUUCUCAGAGGAAAGGUGUCCUGCUCAAACAUGCCUGUUUCUAAAAAGAAAUCCAAUCUUGAAUUUGUUGCUGUUCUUCAGGGCUAUGAAUCUUUCCUGACAUCUUUAAAAUCACAGGUGAAAGAGGCAUUUGACUUCCUGGAAAUUUACUUCACUUACUUGAAAGAAAAAGGAUCUGAUGGCAUGAAAGAAGCAAAGAUUCGCAAGAGGAUCUCAGAACACUAUCAACAUUACAUCUCAUUAUUUUGCAGCUCUGUAGAGGACAAACAAAAAGAGCAAAAGCAGAAACCAACACUGAGUUUGAACAUGGAGAUUGAAGAGUGCCGAAUGUUCCUGGAGGAAAACAGGGCAGAUACGUUCCCAGGCCUUCUCCAAUUUUUGGAGCACAAUAAGGAUACAGUACAAAAGAUUGCUGAAAAAUACUCAUUCAUAUAUAAGAAUUCUCCCAUCAAAAGUACCAAGGACAAAACAAACCAUCUGCUUGCACAUAUAAUACUUAAGUUGAUUUGGCCGAAAUCAAAGUUAUCAAAAUCCAAUGAGGACCUCAAUGAUCUUUUAAAAGACAUUCUGCAAGAUGUUGGCACACAGCACCCAUACCCAGAGCCUUUCUAUCUUGCCAUACUGUUGCUCUGGCCAGGCAGAAAUGUCAACAGUACUGGCAUUAAGAUGUACAUUAAUAAAAUCAGAAGCUCAGCAAGAAAGAAUCUCUUUCAUAUGUACAGAACAAGGUCAACCAUUGCACACUUCUUCUUGGGAAAAUCUGAUGGAAUACAGAGGCUGGUGACAAAAGUUUCCCUUGACAGAUCUGAGACGGUCAGUAGUGUGAAGAAUCGCAACAUUCUCUGGCAAACAGGAGAAAUGUUUAAGGAAACCCCAAUAAACAGCAAGCUCCUCAGAGUAAGUGGAACUAUUGAGCAAGGUGAGGUCUUCACAGAGCAUGGACAUCUCAAGAUCCCUGUACGUCCUGCAUUUCUGGGUGGAGUGAGAAGCGGCUACAGCACUGAGAAAGUCUCCUUCUACAUUGGCUUUGCCAUGGAUGGACCACUUGCUUAUGAUAUUCAGUACGAAGAUGACAUAUAGAUAAUGUAUGACAAAUAUCUGUUUCUAGUUAUUUAGAUCUCAAUCUAAAGACUAAAACCUUCUUUUUUUAUUGCAAAAACUUCUAAAAUUGAUCACCGAUUUAAUCUGUUGUACUUUGCUUAACAAUCUUGACCACAUUAUGAUAAAAAAAAAAAAAAAAAUGUAAAUAGGAUUUUUGCAUACCCAAUGACAAAAUGAAAAUGUGGAGUUUAAAAAUGACCUCAAAUAAACAUGUAUGCUGAUUUGA